UCUCGCGACUACCCGUACAGUGAUUUGCGAGCAUUGAUGAGUACCGUUUCAGCUAGUCUGAAAACGCAAAACAGCGCUGGAUGGAGGGCUAUAUAAUGGGCAGUCUGAGCGCGGCCGCUCUGUUUUACGGUGCUUAUGCAGCCCCCACUGAUGUGACCAACGGGCUCUCUCGACGCACCGGUGGUGAAGUGUAUAUCACUUCGUCUGAUGACCUGGACAAGCGCACGGGUGGCGAGGUAUACAUUACACCGCCGGAUGACCUGGACAAGCGCACGGGCGGAGAGGUGUACAUUACAUCGCCGGAUGACCUGGAGAAGCGCAAGGGUGGUGAAGUGUAUACUUCCUCCGAUGAUCUCAAGAAGCGCACUGGUGGCGAAGUGUACACGUUCCCGCCCGAUGAUCUUGACAAGCGCACUGGCGGCGAGGUCUACAUCACCUCGAGUGACGCGCGAUUUAAAGACGAUUAAAUCUGAUGAGCCAGAUCGUGGGGCGCAUGGUCUAUGAUCUCAGCGACGGGAAAUGGUCUUGGAGAGGUCGUCAAGUGUGCGGCUGUGAAAUGUAUAGGCAGUGGUUUGAAUGAUGUUCGACUUGUUUGCAAUGCAGUGUGGGAUACUUAUGCUACCACUUGUGUCAUGGUACCCUCAGGCUAGCUGCAAAUGACACUUGUCACCGG